AUGAGUCUUACUAAUAAGGAGUCUGGCGAUUCUGCCAGUACUCAUGCUUACGAGCGUCAAGAAGGUCACUCCAGAUGGAAGUCGUUUAAGGAUUCCUUCAAGGCUGCUGAGACCUUGACUGCUGAUGACCUUUCAGACACGGAAAUGGACGUGGUGCAAAAGGCCAACCAGAAUGCUUCAAACUCUCAGCUUUCGAGAAGAUUGAAGAAUAGACAUUUGCAAAUGAUCGCCAUUGGUGGUUCUAUCGGUACUGGUUUGUUCGUCGGUUCAGGGUCUGCUUUGGCUACGGGUGGACCCGGUGGUAUUGUGAUCGCAUGGGUUGUCACUGCUACUUCGAUUUACACUACAAUGCAAGGCCUUGGUGAACUCAGUACAGCUUUCCCAAUCAGUGGUGGCUUUAACAUUUACGCUACGAGGUUUAUUGAACCAGCAAUUGGUUUUGCUGUGGGAUGGAACUACUUUAUGCAAUUUUUCGUUUUACUUCCACUAGAAUUAGUGGCUGCAUCUAUUUCGGUUAAAUAUUGGAACGACGAUCUUAAUCCGGUGAUAUUUGUUGCCAUUUUCUGGGUCGUUGUCUUCUUCAUUACAAUGCUCGGAGUGCGCUGGUACGGUGAAGCCGAAUUCGUCUUUUGCUUAAUCAAGGUUGUCACCGUCAUUGGUUUCAUCAUUUUGGGUAUUGUUCUUAUCUGUGGUGGUGGCCCUACCAAGGACUUUGUUGGUGGCCGUUACUGGAGAGACCCUGGUGCUUUUGCCAACGGUUUCAAGGGUGUCUGUUCCGUCUUCGUUACAGCUGCUUUCUCGUUUGGUGGUACUGAAAUGAUUGGUUUGGGUGCUGCCGAAGCCGCUAACCCAAGCAAGGCUAUUCCUCAAGCCAUCAAGCAAGUGUUCUACAGAAUUGUCAUUUUCUACUUCGGUACUAUCAUCCUUAUUGCUACCUUGGUUCCAUACAAUGACGCUCGUCUUUUGAACGCCGACUCUGACGUUGAUGCUACCGCUUCUCCAUUCGUUAUCGCCAUCGUCAAUGGUGGUAUCAAGGGUCUUCCAUCUGUCAUUAACGCUGUCAUUCUUAUUGCAGUUCUCUCGGUGGGUAAUGCAUCCGUUUAUGCCUGCUCUCGUUCCCUUAACUCCCUCGCUGAACAAGGAAUGGCCCCUAAGUGGACUGGCUACGUCGACAGACUUGGUCGUCCUCUUGUCGCCAUUAUUGUGACCAACAUUUUCGGUCUUUUUGCAUUUAUCGCUGCUUCCGACAAGCAAACCGAGGCAUUCAACUGGUUGCUUGCGUUGAGUGGUCUUUCUUCCAUUUUCACUUGGAUGUCCAUCAACAUGGCUCACAUCCGUUUCAGAGCAGCCAUGAAGGCCCAGAACAGAUCAUUGGAUGAGUUGGCAUUCCGCUCCUCCAUUGGUGUGCUUGGAUCAUGGUACGGUUUCUGUGUCAACUUCUUGGUGCUCAUUGCCCAGUUCUGGUUGUCCUUGUUCCCCAUUGGUGUUGCUCCAAACGCCUCCGACUUUUUCCAGGGAUACUUGGGUUUCCCAGUCGUUCUUUUCAGUUGGAUUGGUUACAAGAUCUACUCGAAGAACACUAGAAUCUUCCUUCCUGCCGAAGAGAUUGACGUUGACUCUGGUCGCAGCAUCGUAGACACUGAUCUUAUCAAGCAAGAAGAAGAGGAAGAACAAGCCAGAAGAGCUGAAAUGCCAUGGUACAAGUGGAUCAUCGGUUUCAUCUUCUAA